AUGUAAUAUAAUGAUCCUUAAUUUACUUUACUAAAUAUUGAGGAAGAGUGGAACAACGUUAACAACAGACUUUAAAAUCCUUUGAAUUUGGAACCCUGGAAUGGAAAUUACGAUCACAUUUUUAAAUAGGAUAGGAAAUAAAUAUGUCCGAAAAAGAUGCAAAUAAAAAUCCCAUUGAGGAUAGCAACUCAAUCCAGAAGGAGAUCAAUGGAAACCAAUUAUCCAAGUCAUCAGGAUAGUUGUCCUAAAAUAGAAAUCAAAUAAUAUUUGCAAUCAUUCUAGAAGAGUAGUCUGUCUCCUCGAAAGAAUUCAACUCAGAAGUAUAGGAACUCAUGCAUAAAGACUCUAUUCCAAAAAUCCUUAUUGAACAAUUCGAUAUCAUGGACUGAGUAUUAUAAAGUGAUUCAGAAGAAUAGAAAUGAAGAUAUCUUGAACAACAAUAAUAAUGUAAUUGGCCAAAAUAGUAAACCACUCCAAUUUGAUUAAAAAUAAUUGGCUUUGAAUAAUUUUAGAAUGAAAUUAAAAUAAAAAACGAAGAACAAAACUGUGUAUUGA